AUCCAUACUCGCGGUUGGGAUCCGUUGGCUGAUGCGUUACGGAAGAAGGCCUCGACAGCAACCACGUCCUCCGCUACUACGCGCGCAUGCGCUUCAUAACAAACCUCCUCCCCGCCCUCAAACUCUCCCGAACACCCCGGGUGGCGAGCAUUCUGGCCGCAGGCAAAGAAACCCAAAUCUCGCCAGACAACCUGGACCUCUGCAAAUCCUACUCGUUCACGACAGCCGGCUUCUACGCAACAACCAUGACGACGCUCGCCUUGUCGCACCUCGCAGCACAGCAUCCAAGUAUAAGCUUCUUGCACGUCUUCCCGGGCUUCGUGCCCACGCCAAUCUACACGUCCGCCUGGGGCGGGAUCGUCGGGACAAUUGUAAGUAUGCUCCUGUGGCCGUUUACGGUUCCGUUGAACCAGAGUGGGGAGUGGAGUUUGUUUGUGGCUACGAGUGCGGGGUUUCGGGCCAGGGAGUGUCAUGAGGCGCAUGAGGGGGUUCCGCUUGUUGAUGGGGUGAUCGGGUCUGGGGAUAUAUUCUGA